CUUCCGACUACCGGCUGCCCUUUCCCCUGCGGCCUCCGCCGGGGCCGGAGUGUCCCUCCCGAGCUCCCGACACCAAGGAGGGCCCAGCUGUGGACUUUGGGCAGAUGCAGCCCCAGGAUGACUUGAAAGUAGGGCAUCCUUGGCCCUCCUGAGGCGAGGAAAUAAGUGGCAGUGGCCAGUCGGUAUGGAGCUCUCAGAUGCCCUCACCUGAGUGAGAAACCUCCCUCCCUCUGGACCUGGAAUGACCGACUGCCCUUUGUGACACCAAAGAUAGUUGUCUGCUGGUUCUCAGCUUGAAGAAGAUUCUACAGUCCUUAUUGAUCCUUUUUCUUGGCGUUACCAUUUUUUUGAAGCAAAGUUAACCUAGUUUUCUAGUUUGAGCUUUCUUUUUGGCCAUCUUAAAAAAAAUUUUUUUUUUUAAUCUAUAAACUAGACAAGAGAUAGUUCUACAAUGUCCAAGUCAUUCCAGCAGUCAUCUCUCGGUAGGGACUCGCAGGGUCAUGGGCGUGACCUGUCUGCAGCAGGAAUAGGCCUUCUUGCUGCUGCUACCCAGUCUUUAAGUAUGCCAGCAUCUCUUGGAAGGAUGAACCAGGGUACUGCACGCCUUGCUAGUUUAAUGAAUCUUGGAAUGAGUUCUUCAUUGAAUCAACAAGGAGCUCAUAGUGCACUGUCUUCUGCUAGUACUUCUUCCCAUAAUUUGCAGUCUAUAUUUAACAUUGGAAGUAGAGGUCCGCUCCCUUUGUCUUCUCAACACCGUGGAGAUGCAGACCAGGCCAGUAACAUUUUGGCCAGCUUUGGUCUGUCUGCUAGAGACUUAGAUGAACUGAGUCGUUAUCCAGAGGACAAGAUUACUCCUGAGAAUUUGCCCCAGAUCCUUCUACAGCUUAAAAGGAGGAGAACUGAAGAAGGCCCUACAUUGAGUUAUGGUAGAGAUGGCAGAUCUGCUACACGGGAGCCACCAUACAGAGUACCUAGGGACGAUUGGGAAGAAAAAAGGCACUUUAGAAGAGAUAGUUUUGAUGAUCGUGGUCCUAGUCUCAACCCAGUGCUUGAUUAUGACCAUGGAAGUCGUUCUCAAGAAUCUGGUUAUUAUGACAGAAUGGAUUAUGAAGAUGACAGAUUAAGAGAUGGAGAAAGGUGUAGGGAUGAUUCUUUUUUUGGUGAGACCUCGCAUAACUAUCAUAAAUUUGACAGUGAGUAUGAGAGAAUGGGACGUGGUCCUGGCCCCUUACAAGAGAGAUCUCUCUUUGAGAAAAAGAGGGGCGCUCCUCCAAGUAGCAAUAUUGAAGACUUCCAUGGACUCUUACCGAAGGGUUAUCCCCAUCUGUGCUCUAUAUGUGAUUUGCCAGUUCAUUCUAAUAAGGAGUGGAGUCAACAUAUCAAUGGAGCAAGUCACAGUCGUCGAUGCCAGCUUCUUCUUGAAAUCUACCCAGAAUGGAAUCCUGACAAUGAUACAGGACACACAAUGGGUGAUCCAUUCAUGUUGCAGCAAUCUACAAAUCCAGCACCAGGAAUUCUGGGACCUCCACCUCCCUCUUUUCAUCUUGGGGGACCAGCAGUUGGACCAAGAGGAAAUCUGGGUGCUGGAAAUGGAAACCUGCAAGGACCAAGACACAUGCAAAAAGGCAGAGUGGAAACUAGCCGAGUUGUUCACAUCAUGGAUUUCCAGCGAGGGAAAAACUUGAGAUACCAACUAUUACAGCUGGUGGAACCAUUUGGAGUUAUUUCAAAUCAUCUGAUUCUAAAUAAAAUUAAUGAGGCGUUCAUUGAAAUGGCAACCACAGAAGAUGCUCAGGCUGCAGUGGAUUAUUAUACAACCACACCAGCAUUAGUAUUUGGCAAGCCAGUGAGAGUUCAUUUAUCCCAGAAGUAUAAAAGAAUAAAGAAACCUGAAGGGAAGCCAGACCAGAAGUUUGAUCAAAAGCAAGAGCUUGGACGUGUGAUACAUCUCAGCAAUUUACCUCAUUCUGGCUAUUCUGACAGUGCUGUCCUCAAGCUUGCUGAGCCUUAUGGAAAAAUAAAGAAUUAUAUACUAAUGAGGAUGAAAAGUCAGGCCUUUAUUGAGAUGGAGACCAGAGAAGAUGCAAUGGCAAUGGUCGACCACUGUUUGAAAAAGGCCCUUUGGUUUCAAGGGAGAUGUGUAAAAGUUGAUCUGUCUGAAAAAUAUAAAAAAUUGGUACUGAGGAUUCCCAACAGAGGCAUUGACUUACUGAAAAAGGAUAAAUCUCGGAAAAGAUCAUACUCUCCAGAUGGCAAAGAAUCUCCAAGUGAUAAAAAAUCCAAAACUGAUGGUUCCCAGAAGACUGAAAGUACAACAGAAGGUAAAGAACAAGAAGAGAAGUCAGGCGAAGAUGGUGAAAAAGAUACAAAGGAUGACCAGGCAGAACAAGAACCUAGCAUGCUGCUUGAAUCUGAAGACGAGCUACUUGUAGAUGAAGAAGAAGCAGCAGCACUGCUAGAAAGUGGCAGUUCAGUGGGAGAUGAGACAGAUCUUGCUAAUUUAGGGGAUGUGGCUUCUGAUGGGAAAAAGGAACCUUCAGACAAAGCUGUGAAAAAAGAUGCAAAUGCGAGUGCUUCAGCAGCAUCAAAGAAAAAGCUUAAAAAGCGUCGUUUCCCAGGGAGUAUGGAAGGUUUUGUCACUCUAGAUGAGGUUGGUGAUGAGGAAGAUUCGGAACUUCAGAAACUUCGUAAAUCGGGCAUGACAUUUAAAUCUGGUGACAAAAAUGAUGAUGGUUUGGUUGAAAUUAAGGUGGACAAGAUCGAGGAACUUGACCAAGAGAACGAAGCAGCGUUGGAAAAUGGAAUUAAAAAUGAGGAAAAUACAGAACCAGGCGCUGAAUCUGCUGAGAAUGCUGAUGAUCCUAACAAAGAUACAAGUGAAAAUGCGGACGGCCAAAGCGAUGAAAACAAGGAGGACUAUACAAUCCCAGAUGAGUAUAGAAUUGGACCAUAUCAGCCCAAUGUUCCUGUUGGUAUAGACUAUGUGAUACCUAAAACAGGGUUUUACUGUAAGCUGUGUUCACUCUUUUAUACAAAUGAAGAAGUUGCAAAGAAUACUCAUUGCAGCAGCCUUCCUCAUUAUCAGAAAUUAAAGAAAUUUCUGAAUAAAUUGGCAGAAGAACGCAGGCAGAAGAAGGAAGCUUAAGAUGUGCAAGAAGCUUAAUAAUUUCAAAGAAAAUAAUGGUUCUUUGUUUUUAAAUGUUAACCUUUUUUAAAUACAUUACUGAUAGUUAGAAGAAGCUAUUGUACUCUUUUGUUUAGUGGAAAAAUAAUAGAUGUCUGUUCAUGUGUUAAGUGUUAUAGCAAAAAUACAUAUACGGUUAAGUUAAUGAAGAAUUGUUUUUGUUUUAUCAGAAUGGUAACAGAAAUACUUUGUAGAGACUGACUCUGUAAGCUACUUAAGACACUUGCACCACUAAGAAAGAUAAGUUAGUACCAUUCAAAGAAAUGAAAUUUAGUAGUUCCAAGCUUCAAAGAAAUGUCAAAAGUUUUGAUUCCAUUCAAUAAAGAACAAAACCAGUUGUAUUUUUA